GGGGGGGGGGGUCAAAAAUCGUCCAAAAUCGCGUGACGUCAUUUAUGGACGGCCCCUAAGUAGGGGGAGGAAGUAUAAGUCCUCUGCACGCAAGGGAAGUCCGUAGCGACCGGCACAUCGGCACAGGUAGGGAGAUUUCUGUAGUGAAGUGAAGGAGGCAGAAACAAGAGCCCAUGGGUGACCCGUGGUUAUGGGGCUUCUCCGCCGAAACGUGGGUCCUCUUCGCUACGCUGCUGGGUCUCACAGCCACAUAUGCAAUGUGGCCCUACAGUUUCUUCAAACGGCUCAAUAUACCUACGCCCAGACCAUAUCCUUUCAUUGGCACCUUCCUUGAGUACAGAAAGGGUUGGUUCAAAUUUGACAUGGAGUGCCGGGAGAAAUUCGGGAACAUUUGGGGGAUUUACGACGGCAGGUCGCCGGUCCUGAUGGUGGCUGACCCAAGCCUCUACAAGACCAUCCUGGUCAAAGACUGCUACAGCACCUUCACCAAUCGCAGGAACUUUCAGCUCAACGGGCCUCUCAACGACGCCCUCACCGUGGUGGAGGACGAAAAGUGGAAGCGAAUUCGGAGCGUGCUCAGCCCCGUGUUCAGCACGGGGAAACUCAAGGAGGUGUUCCCCAUCGUCAAGCACUAUGGCGACCUGCUCGUGCAGCAGGCAGAGUUGAAGUGUAACGCCGACCAAAGCUUCGAUGCAAAGAAGCUGCUGGGGGCGUACAGCAUGGACGUGAUCACGAGCACCGCGUUCAGCGCCGACGUGAACUCGCUGAGCAACGAGCAUGACCCCUUCGUCGCCUACAUCAACAAGCUGACGAAGCUGGGGAUGUUCAACCCCCUGCUGCUGCUCGUCGUAUUCUUCCCGGCCGUCACCCCGCUGCUGGUCCGGAUGAACGUCAGCAUGUUUCCCAAUGACGUCUUAUCCUUCUUCAUGUCCAACCUGCAACGCCUGAAGAAUGAACGUCGCAAGGGCGACCACACGGACAGGGUGGACUUCCUACAGACCAUGGUCGAUGCUCAGAUUUCUGAUUCGCUGAUGGACGAGCACGGUGGCAUCAUCCCGUACAAAGCGCUGACGGACAGCGAGAUCUUGUCCCAGGCGAUGGUGUUCCUCCUGGCGGGCUACGAGACGACGGCCGUGACACUCACCUACAUCGCCUACAACCUGGCCGUGCACGCGGACGUGCAGGACAGGCUCCUCGAGGAGAUCGAUGCCACGUUGCCGCCAGAGGAGGAGGUCACCUAUGAGAAGGUGUCCCAGCUGCCUUACCUGGACAUGGUGGUUAGUGAGUCUCUGCGUCUGUACCCGCCAGCCGGGAGGCUGGAACGUAUAGCAAAGAUGGACGUGGAGCUGGGAGGCAUCCCUGUUCCCAAGGGCACGGUCAUCGGCAUUCCCGUGUUUGUGAUUCACCGUCACCCGGAGCACUGGGAUGACCCCACGGCGUUCCGGCCUGAACGAUUCAGCAAGGAGGCCAGAGAGCAGAGGGAUCAGUACUGCUACUUGCCAUUCGGCGCUGGGCCCCGAAACUGCAUUGGGAUGCGUUUUGCUCUCAUCAACGUCAAGAUCGCCAUCGUGAGCCUGCUGAGGCGUUUCACAUUGGUCACUUGCCCAGAGACAAAGAUUCCGGCUGAAAUUGGCAUAAGAGGACUACUCGAGCCGAAAGAACCCAUCAUCUUAAAGUUUGCUGAAAGAAAGAAGAGCAAUCAAGAUUGAUGAAAAAGUUUAUUCAAGAGGAAACCAAUUUUAAUACAGAAUAGCUUUUCUUAUUAACUUACAUAAUAGACUUGAUUACUCUGGCCGUGAUAUGGAAAUUCAAUUAGGCACUUCUGCUGUGAUAAUGUAGCUAGCUGGUAGGUCUGGCUGUUUACUCAAUCACGCAGCUGUGAUGUUGGCAGCGUUAUUUUUUGUCAUCAUCAACUGUGUAAUAACUUUUGGAGAAAUUCGACUGCUGUGGAAUCAUUAUCGUCUGAUUUGAAGAGUUUUAGAAAUGCGGUCAACAGCCUUGCAGAUCAGUUUAACACGUAGGCUUUCGCGACCAAUAUUAUUCAUAAUCAACGUUUUUGGGUUUAGAUCGCGUUAUUUAUAAAUGUGUCGUAACCCUCCACCACCCGACACGGCGAAUUGCCCGAUGAUGCUGGAUGCAAUUACCAGCGAAACGUCGUACUCAAAUUGUAAAUGUUGUGGUUUCACGCUUCAACACACCGGUGGGCUAAAGCAGUGAACUAUUUGUCUUUUGUCCACGUGACACUUUUUUACUGAUUGGCCGUGUCGGGUGGUGGAGGGUUACGACACAUUUAUAAAUAACGCGAUCUAAACCCAAAAACGUUGAUUAUGAGCCUUGCAGAUUAACCCUGAGGUAAUUCUGAUGUACGUUUGCUCAUUUUGCUCGGGAGCAUUCUUGCGGCAAUGUAUGGGGGGGGGGGGGGAGCAGUGGCACUGUAGUUCGCGCGCUGUGCUGUGAACCCGGCAACAUGAGUUCGAUUCCAAGUCAUGGUUAACAUCAGUGACGAGUGAUAUCUCAGCCCUCGCCCCGGCCUCCACCAACCCGUAAUGGCCAGUGUGGUGAAGUAUGACUAUAAACAGCCCCCAUGAUAAACACCGUACAAAAGUCUUCCUUCCAGCAUUGGAUUGACAAAGUGCUGUAAAAGAUUAGUCGUAUCAUAAUUAUUCUAUGCCACAUCCUAAAGUGGUAGUGUUUAAUAGGUGUAGUUGACAGUGUAAACAUAUGUAAUUAACAUGAUUUAUGUUAGCAAUAGGGUUUUCCCCCCUUUUUUCUGGCAACAAAACUGAAACCUUUUUUACAAGGAACCAUGUCUGCAACAUCGGUGGUGUGUGAUAUCUGAACCGAUUCCGAGCCUGCCCGUCCCUCCUCCUCCAAACCACACCGACCAACGUGAAGUCUGGUGAAAACAAAUUCCCAUGAUGCACUGUGUGUGGAAGCCUUCAACUAGCAGCGGAUUGACAAACAUACACAUCAGGAAUUGAUGACCCUUGAAAAUGUAUAAACACACUGGUUCACUUAGAUUUUUACGAGCGCAUUGAUUUAACAUUAGCAAUCGUUUAUUAUGAGUAUGUUGCGUAAAAUAUCAAGUGUACCGUAUGGAUAUGGUAUUUCCCUUUAAAAUGUACCGCUUUUGUGUGUGCGUAAUGUACUUUGAAUAAAUCAUGGUAAAAUUAA